AUGCCGGGACAACGCGAGGAAGAAGGAUAUUUUUCGCCGCAGAUGCGUGGUAACAGAAAAGAUGAAGCAAGCAGUAUCGACUCCACUGAGGAUGUAAAAAAUGUUGGAAAAGGUGCCAAUUAUGAAAAUGCUGGCGACGUCAAUGAAGCUAAUGUUAAAGAUGGAGAACAGACUAGCAACGCUCAUGGUGGUAACGAUGGUAGUAGUCGAUACGACAAAUUAGGAGAAAAUGGCAACAACAAUGAUGUCAAAAAAGGCGACCAAGAGAAUAGUAACAUCGAUCGUAGUAGCCAAUACGAUAAAUUAGGAGAAAAUGACAACGGCAAUGGUGCUGCUAAAAAUGGUGACCAUGAUAACCAAAAUGAUAACAGAGAAGGGGAAAAUAAAGGUGCUAGUCGACACAAACGUAAUGAACCACGGGGAGGAAAUCAUGGAGGUAAUGGCGGUGACAGUGGAGCUCCUGGUGGAGGUGGAAAAGGAGGCAAUAAUCCAGGUGGCCGACCUCGGCGUUCAGAAGACAAUACGGAUCAUUCUAAAGAAGAUGGAGAACAUUAUAGCAAUGCUAAGAGUAGUGAUAAUGGUGAAAAUGAUGGAAAUGACAAAGGCAUAUCCAAUGAAAAAGAAAAAGACACUGAAGGAACAGCUACAAGUGGAAACUACCAUGGCUCAGAUAAUAACGAUGAAGAGAGUAACGGAGAAUCAAGUGCUAAAGGAAAACAUGACGGUGAUGAUAAGGACAGUUCCGAUGUAGGUACUAAACCACAAUCCGAAGAUAGUUUCAAAGAUGUAAACCACUCCAGCUACGAUACUUCUGGGAAUAUCCAAAAUAAUAACAAUGACAAAGAAAAUAGCAGCCCCUUAAAUGGAAAAGACAACAAAGAUGGCGGGCGUUCCAGAAGAGACACACCUCACGGUCAAAGCAAUCAAGGUGGUGGCGGUGGAAAAGGCGAUCAAAAUAAAGAUGCUGGAGGUAAAGGUAGACACCGACGCUCUGAAGACAAUGAAGACAACUCAAGCCAUAAUAGUACUAAUACAAGUGAAGGCGAAAAGAACACUGCUGAUGCUGGUAAUAAUAGCACUAAUGACCAUGACAGCCAGGAUCAAGAAACCAGUGGAAACGACCAUAGCUCGAAUAACAAUAAAGAGGAAAUUAAAGACGCUGCUCGACAUAGACGUGACAAUUCACACGAUAAAGAAAAUCAAGGGGAAAAUAAAGACGGUAACCAUUCAGACAAAGAUGAUGGUGAGAACGACAGUGAUUCAAGUAAAAGCAAAGAUAGUCCUCCCGAUAAUACCAAAGAUCAUGUUGAAAACCAAGAAGGUAACAGUAAUGAAGACAGCAAUGAUUCUGAUAGUAAAGACAAGGAGAAUAAAGAUGGCAGUCGUCAUAGACGUGAUAAUUCACGCGAUAAAGUAAAUCAAGGAGGUCAUGGUGACAAAGGCGGCCCAAAUUAUGAUGGAAUGGGUAGGCACCGACGAUCUGAAGAUAAUGUGAAACACUCCGAAGAUAAAGACAAUGAUGAUAAAAAUAGUGAUUCGAGUGAAAGCAAAGAUAGCUCUCCGGAUAAAAAUAGUGAUGCUGACCAAGAUAGUAAGAGCGAUAAAGACAGCCGUGAUUCAGUAAGUAAUGAAAAGGUGAAUAACGAUGCUGUCAGGCAAAGACGUGACAAUUCACGCAGUGAAGGAAGCCAUGGUCAUGGAGGAGACGAACACGGUCCAAAUUCACAUGGUAAAAGGCACCGACGAUCUAAAGAUAAUGAAAAACAUUCCGAAGACAAGGACAAUGAUAAUAACAAUAGUGAUUCAAGUGAAAGCAAAGAAAGCUCUCCUGAUAAAAAUAGUGACCAUGAUGGUGACCAAGAUAGUAAGAGGGAUGAAGACAGCCAUGAUUCAGUAAGUAAUGAAAAGGAGAAUAACGAUGCUGUCAGGCAAAGACGUGACAAUUCACGCGGUAAAGGAAACCAUGGUCAUGAAGGAGACAAACGCGGUCCAAGUUCAGCCGGUAAAGGCAGGCGCCGCCGAUCCGCGGACAAUGAAGAACAUUCCGAAGUCAAAGAUGGAACCGAAGGCAAAACUCAUGGUGAGAACAACAAUGACUCAGGUGAAACUGAAGCAACACCUGUUAAAAAUGACGAUCAUAACGAUAACCAAGAAAGUAACAGUGAUAGAGACGGCCAUUUAGACAACAAUGAAAACGAGAAUAAUAAAAGCGAAGAAAGCUCUCCUGUUAAAAAUAACGAUGAUGAUGACAAAGGAACUAAUAGUGAUGGAGACGGCCAUUUAGACAACAAUGAAAAGGAGAAUAAUAAAAGCGACGAAAGCUCUCCUGUUAAAAAUAACGAUGAUGAUGACAAAGGAAGUAAUAGUGAUGGAGACGGCCAUUCAGAUAAUAAUGAUAAGGAGGAUACGGAUGGCAGUCGCUACACACGCACACUACCUUUAGAACAAAGCACAUGGACCUAUUUAUUUUUAAAGUUGCUUAGUAUUUUUGGUUAA